GGCUCUAUCCCUCAACAAAUAGGAUUGCUCAACUCUCUCAAUGAGCUCAGCUUGUAUACUAACAAUCUCAUGGGUUCAAUCCCUUCUUCAAUUGGAAACUUGGGCAACUUAACCAUUCUGCACCUUUAUGACAACCAACUUUCUGGAUCAAUCCCUCAAGAAGUUGGGAUGCUGAGGUCUCUCGUUGAUCUCGAACUCUCGGGGAACAAUCUCACAGGUUCAAUCCCUGCAUCUAUAGGGAACUUGGGCAACUUAACCAUUCUGUACCUUCAUUCGAACCAACUUUCCGGAUCAAUCCCUCAAGAAGUUGGGAUGCUGAGGUCUCUCGUUGAACUCGCACUCUCAACGAACAAUCUCACUGGUUCAAUCCCUGCAUCUCUAGGGAACUUGUGCAACUUAAUCAAAUUGUUCCUUUUUAAGAACAAACUUUUUGGAUCUAUUCCCCCAGUGUUCAACAAUCUUACACAUUUAACAGUGCUUUAUAUAAGUGAUAACAUGUUCAAUGGUCAUAUCCCAGAAGGCCUAUGCUUUAAUGGAUUGCUGGUUAAUUUUACAGCAAAUGAUAAUAAUCUCAUAGGUCCCAUCCCAAAAAGCUUGAGAAAUUGCUCUAGCUUAUAUAGAGUUAGGCUUGAAAGAAACCAACUUUCGGGAAAUAUAUCAAAAGAUUUUGGCAUAUACCCAAACUUGGAUUACAUUGAUUUGAGUCAUAACAAUUUCUAUGGUGAGGUAUCCCAAAAAUGGAAAAAGUGCCAUAAUUUAACUAGUCUCAAAAUAUCAAACAAUAAUAUUUCUGGUGAGAUACCACCUGAAAUAAUGGAUUCAACUCAACUAUGUCUCCUUGACCUCUCUUCAAAUCACCUAGUUGGACAGAUCCCAGUGAAAUUAGGAAAUAUGGUUUCACUGUUCAACCUUAGGUUGGAUGAUAAUCAUCUAUCAGGGAAUAUUCCUCCAGAAUUCAGCAAGUUGUCCAAUCUGCAAUAUCUUAACUUGGCAAGAAAUGAUCUGAAUGGUUCAAUCCCUGGAGGACUAGGGGAGUGCAAGAAACUUUUGAACUUGAAUUUGAGCAAUAAUAGAUUUGGGGAAAGCAUUCCUGUUGAAAUAGGUCAUAUGCAUAACCUUCAAAUUCUUGAUCUUGGUCACAAUUUGCUAAUAGGUAAGACACCACAACAGAUUGGAGAAUUGCAAAUAUUAGAAAUACUAAAUCUCUCCCAUAAUGAACUCUCUGGUUUCAUUCCAUCAUCUUUCGAUAAUAUGUUAAGUUUGACAUCGGUAGAUGUAUCUUUCAAUCAGUUGGAGGGUCCUAUUCCUAAAAUGAAAGCCUUCCGUGAGGCUCCAUUUGAGGCACUCAAAGGUAAUAAAGGUUUAUGUGGUAAUGCUACUGGUUUGAAAACUUGUCCAGCAAAAAUGAACAAUGGGGUAGCUAAGAAAAAAGGUAACAAAGUUGUGUUACUAAUUGUUCUUCUUUUUGGAUUUCUAUUUCUUUCAUUAAUGGUUGUCGGAAUAGUACUCUUGGUUUUUUGUAAAAAAUUUAGGAACACGAAAAUUGAGCCAAGACGAGUAAAUAAAGAAAAUUUGUUUGAAAUUUGGAGCUAUGACGGAAAAAUGGUGUAUGAAAGCAUCAUUGAAGCGACUGAUAACUUUAGUACCAAACAUUGUGUUGGGAAGGGAGGAUGCGGUAUUGUUUACCGAGCUGAUCUCACAAGUGGUCAGGUAGUUGCUGUGAAGAAACUUCAUGUAUCACCCGAUGGUGACUUGGCUAAUUUGAAAGGCUUUACAAGUGAGAUCCAUGCAUUAACAAAGAUUCGCCAUCACAAUAUUGUAAAACUUUUUGGCUAUUGUUCACACCGAAGGCACUCGUUUUUGGUUUAUGAGUUCUUGGAAAGGGGAAGCUUGGAAAAGAUAUUGAGCAUGGAGGAUCAUGUAUCAUACUUUGAUUGGAUUAAGAGAGUGAAUGUUGUCAAAGAUGUGGCAAAUGCUUUGUCUUAUAUGCACCACGACUGUUCUCCAACAAUCAUCCAUCGAGACAUAUCAAGCAAGAAUGUUUUGCUUGAUUUAGAGUCUGUGGCUUACAUAUCCGAUUUCGGCACAGCUAGAUUUUUGAAGCUUGACUCAUCCAAUUGGACUUCAUUUGCUGGGACCUUUGGUUAUGCUGCUCCUGGUAUAUAUUUUUCUAUUGCAAUGAUUUAUUUCCGAUUAAAUUAUCCACAUAGUAUUUGUUCAUUUUAACUUACUAAUGAUGACAAAUUGCUAGAUUUAAGCUUGUUAUUCCAUUUGUUUCUAAUAUGCAUACCCUUAAAUUCUCAUGUAUGAUGAAAAGCCAUUUUAGAUGAAAAAUAUGCACUGAAGUAAGUAAAUAGAGUUGCAGAUGUGUUACCUAAUUGGGGUUGUGAUAAUAAUUCUUAUUUCUCUACUUUUUAAGAGCCUUGUAGAUUGGUUAAGCUUGUUGUGGCUUUAGACAGGUUCGGUACUUUGUGUAUAUAUAUAUAUAUUCAAGUUUGUUAGUGUUGAUUCUUUUUUGGACCAAAUUACACUGUAUCCCUAUACUUUACACCAUUUAUUACUUUGCCCCUUGACUUUUAAAUUAUUUCAGUCAGCCCCUAGACUUCAAGUUCAGUUUCAAUUGGGCCUAAGCAUAUAACAUUUUCUUAAAAUGAGAUUUUGGUAAAAAUACAAGUUUUUUUUGGGUAAGUAAAAAUACAAGUUGAUAAGGAAUAAAGUGAGAUUUUGAUAAAAGUGUAGGGGUGCUAAUUGUAAUUAAUUCUAUCAAAUGACUAUUCUUUGUUAGUUUUUGAAACAAGGUUAUACAAAUGGGCCCAAUUCCAAUUUGACUCGGAGUCUGGAGGGUUGACUAAAACAAUUAAAAGGUCAAAAGGUAAGGUGAGAUUAAAUGUAAAGUAUAAGGAUGUAAAGUGUAAUUUACCCAUUUUUUUGCAUGAAUAUUUUUUUUCUUCUAUUUC